CUUCAUUUGUGAUUCCAAUCAAUCCACGCAUCAUCUUCUCCGGCUCACUCUGCCUGCCGGAUGUCCUUCUUAUUGAUCGGAGCUUUAUUAGCUGCUUUGGAACAUCUUGACUCUUGAAGAUCAUGAGUUCUAAUGCACCAGCUUCCGACAUUCUUUCCGGGGCUAUUUCAAACACACUCGAGACAAUUAACGCCACAAAAUGCGUCCAUCUGCAAAAGGAAAAUUUCAAGAAACUUGCAUCCUACUUGGAGAAAACAGCUUCCAUAUUACAACAACUAACUAAACUCAACUUCAAUGAUUCUGCAGCCUUAAAAACCGCCAUUAACGCGCUUACUAAACACGUUUCAGAAGCUAAAACACUCGCUUUCGAAUGCACCACCAGGAACAAAAUCUACCUCCUGCUCAACUCCAAAACGAUUGUAACAACCUUGGAAAAGAACACGAAAGAUCUCGGUGGUGCCUUGACUCUGUUAGCUCCUUUGUUCUCUUUCAAUGGAGUCGGUCAAGAAAUCAUCAAGCUGUCAAACAUAAUGACGGAUUCCAAGUAUCGAACAAGACCUGUAGAAGAUGAAAUCAAAGAAAAGAUCCAACUGGGGAUCCGAGAGAGAAACGCUGACAGAUCGUUCACGAACAAUUUGCUCGUUUUGAUCGCGGAUGCAAUCGGGAUUUCAACAGAACAGUCGGUUUUGAGAACAGAGUAUGAAGAGUUCAAAAACGAAAUGGAAAACAUGGAGAUGACAGCUGACGUGGCGGAGUCGUUACAGAUUGAACAGAUUGUUGGGUUGUUAGGAAAAGCUGAUAUCCUUGCAACGGUAAAAGAGCGGGAAAAUAAGUAUUUCAGUAAACGAAAUUCACUGGGAAGGCAACCGUUAGAAGCGUUGCAAUCAUUUUACUGUCCCAUCACUGGCGACGUGAUGGAAGAUCCUGUGGAAACGCCGUCGGGACAUAGCUUUGAGCGAGGCGCGAUUGAGAAAUGGUUAGCGGAGGAAAACAGUCUCUGUCCGGUUACUAAAACGCCGUUGAAAACGUCGGCUUUGAGGACGAACAAGACACUCCGGCAGUCGAUUGAAGAAUGGAGAGACCGGAACACUAUGAUCGUCAUCGGGUCCAUGAAGUCAAGAAUUUUAUCUAAUGAAGAUGAAGAAGUAAUAAUCUGUUUGGGGAAAUUGCAGGAUUUGUUAUUGGAAAGAGAUCUUCAUCAAGAAUGGGUGAUGAUGGAGGAUUAUUUGCCGGUUCUUGUUUCUCUUCUUUCUACCAAGAAUUUUCAAAUUAGAUCACGUGUUCUUGUUAUUCUCCGCAUCCUUGCAACCAACCAUGAUGACAGGAAGGAAAGAAUAGCAAAAACGGAUGAUGCCAUCAAACUAAUCGUGUGUUCCCUUGCGCGAAAGAUAGAAGAAAGUAAGUUGGCGUUACAAUUACUAACGGAGUUAUCAGACAACGAUUUGGCACGUAACAUGAUUGGGGACAGUCAAGGGAGCAUACUUCUUCUUGUAACCAUAUCAGGCGGUGAUGAUCUUCAAGCGGCAAACGAUGCAAAACGACUUUUGGAUAAUCUUUCUUUUCUUAAUCAGAAUAUCGUGCAGAUGGCCAAGGCUAAUUAUUUCGGACCUUUGCUUCAUCUUCUUGCUUCAGGGUCAGAAAGUGUUCAACGGUUGAUGGUUGAAACAUUAUCAGAACUCGAGAUGACGGAUCAUGGAAAACUUAUGGUUUGUGAGAACGGUACAGUUGAGUUACUCGUUACUAUGCUCUCUCACGACGAUAUAGAUAUGAGAAAAGCCGCCAUUUUAGCCCUCGAGAAACUCUCGGGUGUGCCACAAAACGGAUUAAAAAUAAUUAAACAAAAUGCAACCGAGAUCUUGUUGGGAAUACUCUUUCGUGAGAGCUUGUCAAUCCCGAGCCUCGUUGAAAAGAUUGUAGCCACAGUUAUGAAUCUAGCAUUAUCAUUAACUUCCCAAGAUGCUGAUCACCCGGAGAUUCUAUUUUUGGAAACUGAAGAAGAGGUUUAUAAAUUGUUUUCUUUAAUCUCGUUGCACGGUCCAAAUGUUCAACAAUAUGUUCUCAGAACAUUUCUUGCAGUUUGUCAGUCUUCUUCGGGUUUGAACAUCAGGAAAAUUUUACGGAAGAUUUGUUCUGUACAAGUACUGGUCCAAUUAUGUGAACACGAAAACCAAACUGUUCGAUCAAAUUCUGUGAAACUAUUCUGUAUCUUAACCAAAGAUGGAGACGAUGAAGCUUUCAUGGAACAUGUGGGGCCCAAAUGUGUCGAUACUUUGCUUAAAAUCAUAAACGCUUCUGAUAACACUGAAGAAGGUGUUGCUGCAAUGGAGAUCAUCUCUAACCUUCCCAGAAACCCGAAAAUGACCCAAUGGAUUCUUGAAGCCGGGGCACUUGGCGUGAUCAUUUCCAUUCUCUCUGAUCACUUUCACAAACCCGGCAUCAUAAUCGAAAGCGCUUCUGGUGCUCUGUGUCGGUUCACCAUUUCGUCUGAUCAAGAACUGCAAAAAAAGGUGGCAGAAACCGGGAUUAUUACAGUGCUCGUAAACAUGUUAGACUCGGGAACUGCUUCGACUAAAAAAUAUAUAGCAGUUUCACUCAGGCAGUUUUCUGAGAGCUCCAACGGUUUAAGCAGGCCCGUUGAGCGAAAACUAAACCUUUUUGCUUGUUGUAUAGGGUCACCCGAUACGGGUUGUGCAGUCCACACGGGGAUAUGCACAACCGAGUCGUCGUUUUGCCUUCUUGAAGCUAAUGCGAUAAAGCCGCUUGUGAAAGUUCUUGAUGAACCGGAUUUUGGAGCCUGUGAGGCUUCGUUGGAUGCUUUGUUGACUUUAGUCAACGGGGAGCAACUGCUGAAGGGUAGUAAGGUGUUGGAAGGUGGUGGUGCGAUUGCUAAAAUGGUGAAACUGUUGAGUUCGCCGAGUGUGAGGUUGCAGGAGAAAACGUUGGUGGCGUUGGAGAGAAUAUUCCGGUCGCCGGAGUAUAAACAGAAGUAUAAAGCGUCGGCACAGAUGCCGUUAGUUGAGAUUACACAGAGAGGAAGUAGUGGUAUGAAAUCUGUUGCUGCUAAGAUUUUGGCUCAUUUGAAUGUGCUUCAUGAACAGUCAUCUUUUUUCUGAUUUUUUUUCUUACUCAUUUGUUGUAUAAAUAAAAUAUUAUUCAUUGUA